AUGCGUUUUCUGGCCAUUGGCUUCUUGACGUGGCUGAUGGCUGCAGUGGGGGCUGCUCUUCUCACGUUGAUGAGCUUUGAUGUCUUGGCAAUGCAAGGUUCUUUGCUCGACUAUUCCUUCAGCAAGGGGCACCUCACGUAUUUGGCCGGGGACAGGGCUGUGCAGAACACCCUCUUGCUUCAUGAUGACGCAGAUUCCAUCACCUUUUAUUUCGAGGCCGGGACUUCUACAGAGUCUGUCAAGUUGACGAUUCAACAUCCACUGCUAAAUGACUCAAAUGCCGUUCUCCUGUAUUCGCUCAAUGGGGAAGGUGAAGCUUCAGAAGCUGCUGAUGCGUCCAGCAAGACACCGGCAAUGGAAUAUCAAUUGGAUCUUCCAGCAGGCCCGCUAUACGGUCGCAUCACAGUUGAAACUUCCUCAACGGUCUGCUUCUUCACGCAGUGUGUAAUGUCAGCUACGACCUACAUGUUCCACAUCAUUCGAGUUGGCGAGAUGAUAUCGUUUUCAUUGAAGGGCCAGGUGAGUGGCACGGACUCCCCGAAAGACUUUGUCGAGCAAAGGAGUUGGCUUUAUCAACAGCGCUGUCCCGAGUGGUACAUCCCGGAGUUCCAGCCUCAUAGCCUUGCUAGCCUUGAAGUCACACUUCGUCCUGUUUGCUUUGCUCCACUCCGAGAGUGGUCAGGCAGAUCUUCAAGACUAGUGCAAUAUGCCCAGGAGUGUCAGUGCGGUGAGGAGAGCACUGAAGGCACCUGGCUUGGCAACGAGUGCUGGAAGGAAGUUGAUCUCCAGCUUUUGAACGCCUCCAGCGGCUCAACCUGUCUCUUCCUGCGGAAGACAAGUGUGCCCGUCAUGGAUGAGCUGAAGGUCCCUGGUAGGAAGGGGCGUCUUUGUGGCCACGAUGUGGUGGAGUGGCUUCAGGAUGUGAAAGUCAGUGGGAAGUUUGCCAAGCUUGUGUCGGACCUUGAAUCCUCAGAAGCACCAGAGAAACCCGAUGCCCGCUUGGCUACAGAGCCCAAGGCAGCCAAAGAAUGGGCUUUCGAGCUGAGAAACGGCACUGAACAUCAAAUUUCCAACACCUUCGCUUUCUCCGCGCCGAUUGAAUCUUUCUUGCACAUCACUCAACUGAUUAUCUCAACAACGCAGGAUGAAACUGAUUCCGAGUCACAGCUGGUUCCCCUGAAGAUGGUGCCACAUCCGCCGCCCAUCAAGGUUCUUCUAAAGAACGGUUCGCUACUUCCAGAGUUUGCCAUGGACAAGAAGCGCAGCGAAUAUUUUGCAUGCAUGGUGCGCGACUUGAAACCUGUGCAAGCUCAAGUCGUGGACAAACGGUUCCAAGUGAAGGAGCAGCUAGUUCUUCUUGAAGACGAUUGUUUUGGGUCCCCAGCCUUCCAAAAGAGGCUUUCAGCCGUGCGCAAUGAGAGUUGUGACUAUUGUGAGAAAUACCAACCUUGGAGUGACAGCUAUGACAUCGCGGUAACUCUCUCAAUGCAAGGAUGCUUGAAUGAGGCGAUCGAUGUGGGCAACUUCGAAGUCUUUAAGGAUGUAGCUUCACUGGUUCCUCAAGAGCUGCAGAAAGAGAACCAGCACAGCUGUGCUUUUCUGCAGAGAGCAAUUCGUGUGGAUCAAACAGGCAUGCUCCCAGGGCUCUUGACCAUCUUCGGUCCUAACUGUGAAGGAUGCAAAGAGACUCCUUUAGGAGUUGCCGCAGCGGCGGGCAAUCUGAAAGCCUUGGAUUUGCUUCUCAAUGUCUCGAGCUUGACUGAUGAUGAAGAUGAGAGUGGUCGCACAGCCCUCUUCCGUGCAACCCAAACGUGCAAUGUGGAUGCUGUAGGACGUUUGAUCAACAAGAGCGACUUCAACCAUGGGAUGCCCACAAAGAAGGGAGGCAAGUGCUUGAUCACCCCGCUGCUAUGGCUUGUGGGCCGUGGGAAGCUUGCAGGAGCUGCAUGUGAGGAUCGCUGGAAGGCUUUGGUUCAGAUGUUGUUGAAGGGCGGGGCCAAAUUCACUGUGGCAGGCUGUCCGCCUUCAAAGACACCGAACACCGCCUUGGUCGAGGCCAUCCAGUAUGAAAACAUGGAAGCUGUGCCACUGCUUCUGGAGCUCGGUGCUGAUGUCAACCAGAAAG